AUGUUACCUAAGACCUUGAGAAUUCAUCUGAGACCUUGGGUUCUUUUAUCUGAUGCUUGGGAGUUCAUCUCUGACCUUGAGAUUUAUCGGAUGCCUUGGAUUUCAUCUGAUGCUUUUGAUUUUCAUUUGGAUCUUGUUUGCUUAUCUUGUGGCUUAAUCCAAAGGAAAGGGAAUGCUCAUUUUGACCAAUGUCAGAUGCUUGCUCCAACUUGUGUUGCACGUCCAAACAACAAGACUGGAGACACCUCCUUGUCAAUCGUCUCUGAGCUUUCCGAUCUCCGCCGCUCUCAAUCCGUGUCACUCCCGCACCCAAAGAGUUCAACAAAGAGUGAAGGUUGGACCACAGUAUGGUCCAAACCUGAUAAUAUAUGUCUUUAUACUGUCAGUUCUGGUAGUGGUGUUUGUGGAUACAAUAGCUUCUGCACUUUGGGACAGGAUAAGAGACCAACGUGUCAGUGUCCAAAAAGUUACUCUCUAGUUAAUCCUGAUGAUCCAUAUGGUAGCUGCAAGCCAGAUUUUAUACAAGGAUGUGAAGAAGAUGAACUGAGUAAAAGAAAGGAUCUCUAUGACUUUGAGGUUUUGAUUAACACUGAUUGGCCUUUCUCAGAUUCUGUGCUUCAAAGGCCUUUUACUGAAGAACUGUGUAAAGAAGCUUGUAUGGGAGAUUGCAUGUGUUCUGUGGCUAUUUUCAGGUUAGGUGAUAGUUGUUGGAUGAAGAAGUUACCACUCUCAAAUGGGAAAGUUCAUCCAACACUUAAUGGUGCUAAGGCUUUCUUGAAAGUGAGAAAAGAUAAUACCUCCCUCCAGUCCUUUGAUUUUCCUCCAUUUCCAAUCAUUGCGAACAAGAAUAAUAAUAGGGAAACGUUGGUUUUGGUUGUUUCUGUGCUUUUUGGUAGCUCUGCUAUUCUCAAUGCUGUAUUGCUUGUAGCAAUAUGUUUCAGCACCUCCAUGAUUGUUCAGUACAAGAAGAAGCUUAGAAGAGUUAGCAGAAGUGAAACUAGUGUUGAAACCAAUUUGCGUUGCUUCACUUACGAAGAGCUUGAAGAAGCUACUAAUGGAUUUGACAAAGAGCUAGGAAGGGGAGCUUUUGGUAUAGUUUAUGAAGGAGUCGUCAACAACAACACAUGUUCCGAAACUCGUGUGGCUAUGAAAAAGUUGAACAAUUUUUUGUUGGAUCAAGCUCAUAGAGAAUUCAGGAAUGAACUAAAUGUCAUUGGUCUCACUCAUCAUAAGAACUUAGUUCGUUUACUUGGAUUUUGUGAGGGUGGAAGUGAAAGAUUGCUUGUUUAUGAGUACAUGAGCAAUGGCACUUUGGCAAGUUUACUUUUCAAUGCUGAUGAGAAACAGAAACCAAGUUGGAAACUAAGGCUUGAACUUGCAAUAGGAAUAGCAAGGGGACUUGUGUAUUUACAUGAAGAGUGCAUUACUAGGAUCAUCCACUGUGACAUAAAGCCUCAAAAUAUACUUCUUGAUGAUUACUUCAAUGCAAGAAUUUCUGACUUUGGACUAGCCAAGUUGAUGAACAUGAAUCAAAGCAAAACCAACACUGGCAUUAGGGGAACAAAAGGGUAUGUUGCACUUGAAUGGUUUAAGAACAUGCCUAUCACAGCUCAAGUGGAUGUGUAUAGUUAUGGAGUAGUGCUACUUGAGAUUAUUUCAUGUAGAAGAUGUGUUCAAGAAAUGGAACAAGAAGAUGAAGAGAAAGCAAUAUUAACUGACUGGGCUUAUGAUUGCUACAAGGAUGGUGCUGUAGAUGCAUUGGUUGAGGGUGACAAUGAGGCAUUGGAUGACAAAGAAAAGUUGGAGAAAUUGGUAAUGAUUGCAAUUUGGUGUGUUCAAGAGGAUCCAGUUCUUAGACCAAGCAUGAGAAAUGUGAUACAUAUGCUUGAAGGUACUGUUGAAGUGCAAGUUCCACCAUACCCCUCACAAAUUAGUAUUCAAUAUUCUCUAAUUUAA